AAAUGGACUGUUUUCACGCUGUGAAAAUUGUCCUGGUGUGAACAGGGCUUAACGCACCAUGUCCUGAUGAAUUCCCUGCUGAGUUAAUACACAGGACAAUAGAUAUACAGAACAUGGACUGUAAAUUGUAAACAUGAACUGUAGCUAUUUUGUAAAGUAGAAGCACAAGUAUAGCAGCAAUCCUGGCAGCAAAAACGAGUUCAGUAGUAUAAAGUGACUGAUGCAGCUACUGUAUGUAAAGUGCAAUGUGCAGUAGUACUGAGUCAUACUGGGUUAGUGUGUGUGCAGUAGCCCAGGUGAGCAUUGGGAGGCAGCAUGGUGUUGAGUAAUCUGACUGCCUCAGGGAAGAAACUGUUGCAAAGUCUGCUGGUGGUGGCACGGAUGCGCCUGUACCUUCUGCCAGAUGGCAGGAGGGUGAACAGUCUGUGAUUUUGCUGAUGAUUUUGCGGAUGCAGCAGUUGUUGAAUGAGGUGUCGAUGGAGGGUAGAGAGACCCCAAUGAUCUUUUCCAUUGUUCUCACCAUCCACUGUAGGGUCUUGCACAGCCUCUGACCACUGUUCCCAUACCACACAGUGAGACAGCCAGUCAGGAUGCUCUCUAUCGUCCCUUUGUAAAAGGAGGUGAGGAUGGAAGGGGGAAAUUUGGCUCUCUUCAGCCUCCGCAGGAAGUGGACACGCCGCUGGACCCUCUUGACUAGGCAGGUGGUGUUGAGAGUCCAGAAGAGGUCCUCUGUCUGUACACACCAAGAAACUUGGAGCUUUUGACUCUCUCCACAGUUGUUCCGUUGAUGUGCAGUGGUGAGUGGUCUGCUUGGGUUCCCAUGAAGAGAUAACAUUAAGAGAUAGAUUGUUGUCUCUACACCAUACUGCGAGCUGGUUCACCUCCUCCCUGUACGCUGACUCAUCACUGUUGCUGAUGAGGCCCACGACUGUAGUGUCAUCAGCAAAUUUGAUGAUGUGAUUAGAACAGAACUUUGCAGCACAGUCAUGAGUCAGCAGGGUAAACAGCAGUGGACUGAGCACACAGCCCUGGGGAGCACCGGUGUUCAGUAUGUUGGUGCUGGAAGUGGAGUUGCUGAUCCUGACGGACUGGGGUCUCCUGGUCAGAAAGUCCAGGAUCCAGUUGCAGAGGGAGGUGUUUAAACCCAGAAGGCUCAGCUUUUUGUCAGUUGUUGUGGAAUGAUUGUGUUGAAUGCUGAACUGAAGUCCAUGAACAGCAUCCUUACAUAAUUGUUCUUUUUGUCUAGAUGGGUUAGAGACAGACAGAUGGAUGGUAGCAGAUAUGGCAUCCUCUGUUGAGCUAUUUGGGAUGGUAUGCAUAUUGAAGUGGGCCCAGUGCGGUGGGAAGAGUGCUGUUUGUGUUUCAUGACUAGCUGCUCGUAGCACUUCAUGAUGAUCGGUGUGAGUGCAACAGACCAUUGCAACAGUUAUGUUAUCAGGACCUGCAGCUUUUCAUGGGUUAACUCGGGACAGAGUUUUCCUGAUAUCUACUGCAGACAGACGAAGUACUUGGUCAGUGGGAGCUGGGGUGGUUUUCUUGCUGUGAUUCAAAAUUACACACUAAAUCAGGGCGCUACAGUAAUAAUUUCUUUUAGGAGCACUUGUGCUCCUAAUUACAAAAAUUUUGGAGUACGGUUGAAGUUUCGUUUUUUUUUGAGAGAGAUGGUAACAUUAAUGUGCCACAAUAUAAUGCACAAGUAGGCAUGAGAAAACUUGAGCCUGUCAAUUAUGACAGAAUUUAGGAACAUAAUGUAAGCCAUGACAAAUUAAUUUACCUUCUGAUAAACUAAAUUUAAUAUUUUCAGUUAAUUUUAUAGCAAGAAAAACACAAGGAGGACUGAAAGCAGCAUGUUUCUACCACUACUUUCUGGCCAGUCAGCUCCAAAAUAUAUACAAAUGGAUUCAUCCUAACCCAUCAGAAAACACAUGGUUACAUUUUGAACAAACAAUUUAUAAGGACAUUCACAUUUCAGACUUACAGUCAGAAAAUCAAAAAACACCCCUGUUUUAAAACACCAACAAUAGCAGCUGCUCUGACAGCCUGGUGGAAAUUUCAUCUAAUCACAAACACCCCUCUUGCACCAUCUAAAUUUACCCCCAUUUGGAAUAACCCAAAUUUUACAGUUAACAAGAAGCCACUCAACUUACGCACAUGGGCAGAAAAAGGCAUCACACAAUUUCAACAUAUCCUUCAUAAUAAUAACCUGGCACAAUUUUCCCACUUGGUCCAGAAACACGGCAUCAGGAGUAAAUGUUUUUUGGAAUACUUUAUAAAUCAAAUGAUCUAUUCAAUCAAAAAUUGACAUUCUGACCAUGAACCUAGACCUUUCCCCUACAAUCUCAGAGUUAAUUAGUAUAUCCUCCUUAGAAAAUCUACUCUCCAAGAUAUACAGAAUAAUAUAAAAAUCAGACAAUACAUUAAGCAUACCAACUGAUAAAUGGGAAUCAGACUUAUCCGUUAUACCUGAUGCUGUUUUCUGACACAAACCUGCAGAAAUAUCGACUUAAUGACAAAAAAUACCAACCUGCAACUCAUACAGUAUAAGGUAGUUUAUAGAUUUCAUCUAACGACAGAAAUUGUUUAAAAUGCGAUUUACUUCAGAAGCCUGCAUACAAAAUAACCCAGACACCUAUAUUCACGCCAUUUGGCAUUGCACCCCAAUCAAAAAAUUCUGGGAAAAUGUCACUAAAUCACUAUCCGUCUUUAUAGAUUGUCACAUCCCAAUGUCUCCCUUCCUUAAUAUAUUAUGGUGACAUAUCCAUGAUCAAUUUAAACAACAAAAACAGUCAAUUACUCCUAGUGGCUCUAACUAUUGCCAAGAAAACUAUCCUCAUGAACUGGAAAUCAAGGUACAUCAUACAUAUUGCAUCUUGGAAAAACUUACUAAUAGAUUACAUCUCCAUGGAAAACCUAUCCACUUCCAUUCAAAAAAAUAUUCUAGAAUUACACCCCUCUUGGUCAUCUCUCAUUACCUUCCAACAUCCAGGGGGGAAGGGGGUUAGGAAGAGGUAACAACACUAAUUCAUAUUAAACCUAGUUAAAUACAUAUAAAGAUUAAUGAAUUCGUUUUUUGUUUUUUCCCCCCUCUCUUUCCCUGCUUCGGGACCCCAGUUGGCAUCCCAGUCCCUGUCUGGUGUGGUUUGGAUUCAAAGUUUAUAAUGAAAUUUUGAAAAAUGCUAAUUGCGUUUGAUUAAUUUUGCCUAUUGUAAUGAAACUGGUCUUAUUCCAUUCCUUGGGUCAUGCUGAGAACAAAGAUACCAAUUUUGAACAUUUUGAAUUCCUCCUAGACCGUUUUCAUGAAAUUCGAAAGAGAUCAUCUUCACACGAUACUGGAAAAAAAUUAUCAAAAGCUUUUUGAUAGAUCAAAGUGUUCACGAACAGCACGCAAACAAAUUCCAUGUUGAGCAUGCCAAAAUGGACAUGAGGCUUUAUCUCUGUUGUGCAUUCACGUAUUCAGACCAAACUUAGUAGCUGUCAUUUGCAUUAUAACUUGAGGAUACCUGCCAUGUUUUUGGAACAGCACCACCUUGUGGUCAAAUUAUAAUGCAAGUUCAAGAAAUGCUAAUAUAUUUUGAUUAGGGUUGCCUAUUAUAAUGACACUGGACAUGAGAGAUUCUGUAAGUCAUGCCUAGAACAAUGAUACCAAUUAUGCCAUGGUCAGUCGAACUUGCUGUCUGCCGUUUUGAACUUGCUGUCUGCCGUUUUCGUUGAAAACCUUCUUUUUCAAACCCCUUCUAGAGCGUUGGCCCAAUUUUCACCAAAUCCGAUUCAGAUCAUCUUCAGACCAUGUCGGCAAAAGUUAUGAAUUUUGUGUUCAAACACUUAACUGUUAUCAUUUAACACAUCAACAACUUUGAUGUGCAUUUUUGUAUUUAGAUACUUCUGUUUCUGAAUAAAUAAGCAUUAUGUCAUCAAAUCACAAGUCUGUUUUGAUUCGAUGCUCAGAAGCUGUACUAAAUGUCGAAAACUUAAAAUCACAGACAUGACACUUGUAAAUAAAAUAAUUUUAUAUAUGCAAUUUAUUAGAUCCUUAAAAAAAAAACAAUCAUUGUUGGAAUUAUAUGAAUGAAUAACAAUAACUUGCUAAUAGUCUGUCACUGUUGUUCACAUGGAAUUCAUUCAAUAUUCAUUAAAAAAAAAAAAACAUGUUGAGCUGAGGCUUGAAACCUGGUCACUGGCAUAGUAAGCCUGCAUAGUUACUUCCCAAAAGUUACCACUGCACUAUCCUAGUACACAUAAAAUACCAGCUUAAUUUAAAUACUAAAUACAGGUACAAUAUAGUUAUUGUACCUGUACUACGAGACUCGAUCACGCUCACUUUAUAUUUUACAUAAUCUUGUAAUUAGAAAAUUGUUUAAAUUAGGUCUAUCAUAAGUCUUGAUUAGAAAUGUAAUAUUUUUAUGUGAACUAUUCGACCACACAAUCCUAUUUUAUUGUACUGUGUUCAGCUACGGUAUGUUGUUCCAUGUGCCAACUGGUGGUUAUUGUGUGAAGCAUAACAAAUUCAUUUAAAUUCUUAGAGCCUCGCACGUGACGAAUCGCAUGAUACCACGUUAAAAAAUGUGCAUUCUUAAAGGCCACAUCUGUACACAAAUAUAUAUACAUACAAGAGUUAUCAGAAUAGACUUCUCAAGUUGGCUGUUGAUAUUUAUGUUUGUUUGUUGGAUUAUUUUUUAUUUGUCAAAUGUAAAUAAUGUCACAGUCUUUGUUUGCAUAAAUAAAUUAAAAAAGAACAUUAUUUGUUUAUUUGUUUGUACAUUGUUAUCAAUGUGUUUUUUUUUUUUGUUUUUUUUUUGUGAAUUGAAUUUUCAUUUGUGUAACAUGUGUACAAUUACAUAUAUUAACAUUUAGCAUCUCGAAGCACCCCUCUGAAAUUAUUGGAAUGGCAAGGCCAAUUCUUUUGCUAUUACUGUACUCUGAAGACAUUUGGGUUGAACUGUUAUCUGCUACCAAAGGAGUCAUGUUCUAAGAUGUUGAACACAUCUAGUUUUAAAUAUCUGGAAAUUAAAAUUAAAAUAAAAGUGAACUUCUCAUAUAUGUUUCAUAUUGAUAUUUUAAUCUCAAACCAGAAUGUGUAUAACAAAACCAAAAUAAUUGUCCUUACAGUUCCAAUACUUUUGGAGGGGACUGAGUUUAUUAAGGUUCUCCAAAUAUGCAUACUUUUCCAGACAUUAAACUUUGCUGUCUUCUCAUAGAAGGUUUUUCAUUUUAGGUGAGUGGUAUUUUAUCAUUGUUACUACAAGAUUAUAUGCAUGUAUAUGAUUGGCAUCAUUGUCCUUCCAGCAGCACAAUAAUCCCAAACAUACCGCAAAUUCCACCAAGGCUUGGUUACAGAAGAAGUCCUGGAAGAUUCUACAGGGCCAUCACAGUCACCUGACUUGAACCCCAUAGAAAAUCUCUGGUGGGAUUUGAAGAAGGCGGUUGCAGCGCGCAAACCCAAGAAUAUUACUGAACUGGAGACCAUUACUCAUGAGGAAUGGGCUAAGAUUCCUUAGGAACACUGCUAGAAGAUAUGCAUCUUGUUUGCAGCAGGCCAUAACAGCAAAAAGGUGUACUCCAAGUACUAAACAUGUUUACUAUGAAGGGUUAGGAUAAUUUUUUAAAUAGAUAAAUCAUUAUAAGUUGCAUUUUCAGUUGAAUUUGGGGAAACCACUUGAAGUAUUCGUUGUGUUGAACUAUUUCAAUUGCUUUUGUUUGGUUUGUUCAUUGCAAACAGCUGAAAGUCUCAAUUUUGACAAUAAAUCUGAUUUGCAAUGAGGGUCGAAUAAUUUUGAUUGCAACUGUAUAUGUGGAAAAUAUGGUUAUACAGUAUUUAGUUCUCCAAAUGUCACUGUGUUUUUAUUUAUUGUGUAUUGGUACACUUUUAAAUAUCAACUGUUGGUUGCCUAUUUUACCUCCACAAUGAAUUUAUUUACAUCUGUUUUUGCCAUAUGAUUUUUAAAUUGAAUUUAGUUUUUGAAAAUCAAAAAUGCUUUAAAAAUGUGAAAUAUAUUAAAUGUUCCAGUGAAAAUGUGUGGGUUUACAAAGACAAGAUCACCAGACCACUUCAUUUAAAUAAAUUAUAAUUAUUCUAUUGGUCUUAAAGAUUUGUUUAUUCAUGAACAAUAAAUAAAUUGCUCCUAUUCUUUAAGUUAAUAAAGAAAAAGACAAGGCUGCAUUAGGUGACUUUGCCAACAAGGAUAACACGGAAGACCAUUUUAAGCUCCACCCUUCAUACAACUUUACCAGUAAGAUAUCAGAAUCAGGGCAAUAAUGAUCUCGAAACCAUUCCUAGCUUACAACACCUAAGGCAUAUUAUCAGAAACGGAACAUCAGCGAAACAGUUCUAGCUAGCACGAUGAAUCAAGUUCGUCCUCGCAAUGCAAUAGACCGACCAGCCUACUCUCAACCAGAAUUUGAUGAGGAGUUUAACAGGAAGAGGAGAAACUAUCCUUUGGGGAACAAAGUAAGGAAAGUGUUCAGAUGCUCCAGCGGGCGACUGAAAGGUCUUCUCUUCAGACAUCUGCCAGUGCUCAGCUGGCUUCCCAAAUACAACUUCAGACAGAACCUUGUGUGUGAUAUCAUCAGUGGAAUCAGCGCAGGCACGAUUCAGGUUCCACAGGGCAUGGCCUUUGCUCUUUUGGCUAACUUACCUCCAGUCAAUGGACUUUAUUCAUCCUUCUUUCCUCUUAUUCCAUACUUCUUCAUGGGCACAGCCCACCAGAUGGUGCCAGGUACUUUUGCUGUGUUGAGUAUCAUGGUGGGUAUAGUGUGUCUGCAGCUGGCACCUGAAUCAGAUUACAGCUAUUUUAACACCACUCUCAAUGCCACUGUAGUAUAUGAGCAGAAGAUGAAUGAGGCCCGGCUGGCCAUAUCAGGCACUUUGGCUUGUCUGACUGCCAUCAUACAGAUUGGUCUAGGCAUGAUGCAGUUUGGAUUUGUGGCCAUAUACCUCUCUGAGUCAUUUGUUAGGGGGUUUAUGACAGCUGCAGGGCUGCAGAUCCUUGUAUCUGUGCUUAAGUAUAUUUUUGGAAUCCCAGUACAACCAUACAGUGGUCCUCUGGCUAUAAUUUAUACCCUCAUAGACAUAUGCAAAGGCCUGCCCAGAACCAACAUAGCUUCUAUGGUGUUUGCCCUUGCCAGCUGUGUGGUGCUGAUCGUAGUAAAAGAACUGAGCACUCGCUACCAUCAUAAAAUCCCUUACCCUAUUCCCAUAGAGAUAAUUGUUGUGGUUGUGUCUACUGCCAUCUCCGGGCCAUUGCAUCUGCCUGAAAAGUACCACAUGGACAUAGUAGGAGAAAUCCCUUUGGGGUUUCCUGCCCCGAUCCUGCCUAGAGUGUUCGAGUGGGGGGAAAUGUUAAGUACAGCUUUCUCACUGGCCAUUGUCGGAUAUGUCAUCAAUUUGGCCAUGGGCCGGACACUGGCCACCAAACAUGGUUAUGAUGUGGAUCCCAAUCAGGAAAUGCUAGCUUUGGGGUUCAGUAAUCUCCUGGGUGGUUUCUUUAAGAUUCAUGUGAUCUGCUGUGCUCUGUCUGUCACACUAGCUGUAGAUAGCGCAGGAGGUUCCUCACAGUUUGCCAGUCUGUGUGUUAUGGUAGUUGUCAUGGUCACCAUGCUGGCUCUGGGAGCUUUUCUCAAACCACUCCCUAAGUCCGUGUUAGGAGCUCUCAUAGCUGUUAAUCUGAAGAACACACUUCUGCAGAUCUCUGAUCCAUACUAUCUCUGGAAGAAGAGCAAAUUAGACUGUUGUGUAUGGGUUGUCUCUUUCCUGGCAACCUUCUUCCUGAGUCUGCCUUAUGGUGUUGCAAUUGGGGUGAGCUUCUCCAUUCUGGUAGUCAUUUUCCAGACUCAAUUUCGUAAUGGCUCGGAAGUGGGUCAGGUCUUGGAUACAGACUUGUACAAGAACCCUAAAGUCUACAAUAAGGUGAAAUCCAUUGAAGGUGUGAAAAUAGUGAGUUACUGCUCACCUCUUUACUUUGCCAAUGCAGAGAUAUUUCGCCGAAAGGUUAUCAAAAAAACUGGGCUGGAUCCAGGCAAGGUGCUUCUGGCCAAGAAGAAGUUUCUGAAAAAACAGCAGGAGAAAGAAAAACAAAAAAUAAAAGACCAACAGAGUCAGGAGAAGGCAGCUGCGAGAAAGAGGAAAGUCAGCUCACUAGUUACUAUGAAGACGCAGACUAUUUCACAAAUUGAUCUGCAGAGUGACUUUUACACCAUUGGUGUAGGCAGCGAAAACAUGCCCACGAGUUACAUCAAUCCAUACUGUGAUAUCAUGAAUCCCAGUGACCAGCUUCCAGAGCCGGAGCCUACCACAUCCCCUCCUGUUAUGAUGGAGAUGCAGCCUGUCCCCUUUCAUACACUUAUCUUGGACCUGGGAGGAGUCUGUUUCAUCGACCUGAUGGGCAUUAAAGUUCUUACUAAGAUGAGCAACACUUAUAGUGCCCUGGGGAUUAGCCUAUACCUAGCAAAUGUGCAAGCUCAGGUAUAUGAGGAGCUGGAAACUGGAGGAGUGUUUGAGGAGAGCAGUAUUACUCCCAGUCACAUGUUCUUGUCAGUUCAUGACGCAGUCCUGUUUGCCCAGUCAUUGACUCCCGGAACUAUGAAAGAGCAGGAAGCCAGAGAAAGGAUACAACUGGCAUUUGAUAUAGAAGAAGAGGAACAGAAUCUGGAGCAGGAACUUUUUUGAGUGCUCAGAAGAAUAUUUUGGAUGUAGCUGGUUUGCCUUGCAGCUUUAUCACAUAAUAUUUUGGGUUAUUCAGUAAACUGCUGUAUACACAAAUCACAAGUGAUUAGUCUUGCAAGAUCUGUUGUAGUGCCUAUAGUAAAAAAAAAAAAAAAAAAAAUAUUAGUGUAAAUGCUGUUCAUAUGUUCACCAGUAGAGGGAAGAAAUCACUAACUUGAAAACAAUAUCUACAGUAUACUGUAUAUGACUGUGCUUUCUGAAAAGAUAAUUUGGUAAAAAGACAUAUUAUACACAUUUUUGUAUAAUAUAUACACACAGCCUAAUUAUUUAUACUUUUAAGACUAAUCAAUCAACUUUUUAGAUUAAGUGCCAUUUAUAAGUGUCAAGGUUGUUGGUUUUAGAUAAAGUGGUGUUCAUAUUAACAUUUGAAUUUGAAUUUGAAUUUGAAAAGGGUCAUAAUUUUGCUUUUGACAAACAAUAAAGGGCUACACACCCUUUCAGGAGAUGGUAGUGUGCACUUGGUGUUAGUUAACACUUGGGAAUAAUCCAUCAGGAAGUAAAAGAGAAACUAGGGAAAGCUUGUAAGCUGCUUAGUUGCAUGGCUAAGACACCCAAAUCUGUCAGCGUGGUGUGUUGUGUCUACAUUUGGAUGUAAUGAAACUGUAAACUGAUAUUCUACAAUGUUUAGAUGUAAGUAAUUAUAAUGUUAUUAGACACUUUUGUUUACUGUAUACUCCUGUGUAUCAUUCCAAUUACAUUUCUUGCAAUAAUAAUAAUGGCUCUGUUAUGCUGUGGAAGGCAUUUUGCUGUCAUGACUUGUAUCCACUUGUCCCCAUAGAGCACAGGUUCCCUACCCUAAUCCUGGACUACCCCCUCUCUUGCAUAUUGUUAUGUUUUCUUUGUUCCCAGUACACCCACUUUAACUCGGGCAAGGGCAGAUAAUUAGCCUAUUAGCAUAAUCAUGUGUUUUGGGAACAGGAGAAAAACUAAAAUGUGCAGGACAGGACAUUCCCAGAUCUCAACACAGUUGGAAACCUAGAGUAUGGGAGUUUCUGGACUGACAGCAUUCAGUUAGACAGCAUUCACUAUUAUCAUCAUCAUCAUUGACGUUGAGGGAAUAUUUCUCAUGAGAAUGGUGUUCAGCCCCCCAGUACAGUUCCAGAGACUUGUAGAAUUUAUGCAUGGCACAUUGAAGCUUUUCAGGUGGCUCAUGGUCGCCCAACACCUUACUAAGGCACGUUAUAUUGUUUUUUUAUUUAAAUUUUUCACCCAUCUGUAUAUUUUAAAAGACUUGCUGAGUAAUGUCUCCCUGUAGUGUUACUUUGUCUAUGACACACUAUGAUAGUCAGUGUUAAUAAGACCUUCUAAAUAUCUAGUUGAAAUUUCAAUACAUUUUUUUAUAAGGGGACAUUGAAAGACUAUUAACAUGACUGAUUGGUUUCAUUUAAAUGAAAUAACUAUUUCUGAAAUUUAGGAUACAUUUAUGAUUACGUACUGUACUUAUUCUGACAUUGAGGACGGCUUCUAGUGCAUUUUCCAAAAUAUUAUAAUAAAAUCAAGUGUGAUAACCAGUAAUUAAACAGAAUUAUUAAUCAUUAA